AUGCCUGUGCGGGUCGACGACGAGCAGUCAGUGAACAUGGACAAGCUGAGCCAACUCCAGGACUGCAUCGAGCAGCUGCUGUUGAUCAUGAAGCUCUCCGUUGUCCAGCUUGUCCAGCGCACAGACUUUAAGCCAGUCGCGGAGACGAUUCCCAUCUACAAGGCGCGGCCAAAAGACAAGGUCGACAGCCCACAAAAGUUUGAAGAGAAUAAGCGUGAGCUGGUCGCAGACCUCGUGCAAAAGGCAAAACAAAUUGAGCGCCUCAUCGACUCUCUUCCACCCCCAGAGCCAGAGGAAUCUCAGGCUGCACGACUGGGAGCCCUCGACGAUGAGAUGCGCAGGACAAAUGCAGAGUACAAAUUGGCAGUCGAACGAGCGAAGAGUCUGCAUAGAGACAUUACUCGCACAUUUCGCGAGCUCACAAACACCGCAAACGUCGACCCUUCAUAG